AGUUUUUUCGGAUUGUUCAACUGAUGGUGAAGCUGCAAUAGUUAAAGUUACCCUGAUAAUGAAGCGGAGGGUUCAGUCUGCUCCUCAGGCGGUGGUUGUGGGACCUAAAGGCUGGAGAGACGCGACUGUCCGCUCCAUUCUGCGCGCCGAAAAUCUUCUGCGUCAAACUCAUGUAGAUCAGCUGGACUCUUCGACGCGAUACCGCAGCCACAGCGUCGCGAUAUCCGCCAACAGACUGCCUCAGUUAACAGCCUACAAUGGGGACGACAGCGUCGACAAGGAGCACAGCGAGAGUGACUGGGAAAAGAAAGAGGAAAUUUGGCCUAAAUCCAAUGGGAGUUUGCUCACUUCUGCACUGAUCAGUGGGCCGUUUCCCCCGCCGGUGCUGCGUGAGCAGAGUGCAGUGGUCAGCACGGGUUUGGCGGGUGACUAUAUGCGCAGUGUGAGAGAGGUGGAGGGUCACCUGCGCAAACAAACAGGCCGGGUCACACAGGAGGCCACAAAGGUGGAGCAUCAGAGGGAACGACUGGAGAAAUUACUGCGCAGUCUGAGGAAAGCACUGCUGGUCAAUCAGCAAAGUGCUAAUGGCAGGACUUUUCGACCAGCCACCACAGAGACGGGGCGAGAUGGAGCUGAUGAUCUUCUACACACUGAACGAAGAGGUCUGAAUAUGCUAAAACAAGAACUGGAGAGCAUGCUGAGAAAGACUUUAGCUCAACAACAGGCUUUGGCUGACAGCAGUAAGCAGUUGCUGGACUGUGCCUUCGAGAGAUCCAGAGUAACAGAGCUGCUUCCCCAGCACGGCUCUCUCUUAGCGGGUGUGAAAACCUACCCAUCUCCCCUAUCAUUGAAACCUGACCCUGCUGGACCGUUCACACCAGAGUGCAAACAGGCUUUAGAUUCUUCAUCUGCAGUGCUACAAGAAUCUCAGCAGCUCAGAGAAAACAUUACACAAGUCAUGAGCGAUGUCAUCAGAAAGCAAACAGACAUGCACUGCUCGACCAGUGAAGCCCUGCUGAGGAAAAUCACUGAAACCAUCAACCUGGAGCAACAUCUAACACUGAGCUCUGCUGCCAUGAGACAGGCCAUUUACCGCAAACAGAGACAGAUGCAGUGUGCCGGCUACAGUCUAGGCAGAGCUAUGGGUCCGGUUUGCAGAGCUGAUCUGUUUUGUCGCGAGAGAUUAAACAGGCCCAUGACUCAGCUUUAUGGGCGACAUUCAAGUGUCGGGCUGCCAGAAUCUGACCUCCUGGCACAGGGCGACACUCUGCUACGGAAGCAUCUGGAGUCCUCAGGGAAAGAGAUUGCAGCGCUGCAGGAUGCUCAUCAGCAGCUGGAGGAUGACAUGUAUGGAAAGCGAGCUGCAGCCGGUGUGGACUCGGCUGUGGUCAGGCUGCGGCGAAGACUCGUACGUCCCCAGUCUGUCCGGCCUGCAACCAGUUAAAACUGACAGCAACUUUAAACAGCAAUUACUUUCCAAAGAUAGAAAUCUGAGGUAUUUCUAAAUAUUUCAAGUUGUGUUUUUUCCAUCUUAAUUAUACAUGCAAACUGUGUGAUGUGUGAAAGAUAUAUCAACAAAAAGAACAACACUAGAAUGAGACAGACUUUUCAUUAGCUUCUUACACCAGAGUUUACACACAUAUAUGAAGCUACAGUAUUAGAAUAAUGAACUGAUUUGCUGUAUCACGUCCAAAUAAAGAUUGAUAGU